AUGGCCCUGCAGCCCACUCUCAGUCCCUUGAUCGUCGCAGGGAGACCUAAUGCGCCUCAUACGCUCGAUAUCUUCCUCGACUAUGUCUGCCCGUACUCCACCAAGACGGCGAACACGAUCGACAAAGUCCUGAGGCCGCUCCUGGGCCCCGGAGGCAAGUACGACGGCAAGGUCAAGGUCAUCUUCAGGCCGCAGGUGCAGCCUUGGCAUGCAAGCUCGACUUUUGUACACGAAGCUGGCCUUGCGGCGGCCUGUGCGGCUCCCGAGAAAUUCUGGACAUUCGCUCUGACCCUUUUCAAUAGACAAGAGGAGUUCUUCGACAUCCCUACCUCCACCCUGACGCCCCUCCAGAUUCGCGCAAAGCUCGCCGAGAUCGCGAAGGAGACCAUCGGUGCCAGCAACUCAGUCGUCUUCACCGAUCUUCUCACUCACAAGUCCGGCGCCAACGGUGGCGUCGAUGUCACAGAUGAUCUCAAGUACACCAUCAAGUUCUCCAGGCAGAACAGCAUCCAUGUGUCUCCCAGCGUGCUAUGGGAUGGCCUAUACCAAAGUGACAUCUCCAGUUCCUGGGGUGAGAAGGAGUGGACCGAAUUCUUCGAUAAGAAGGUACUUGUUUGA